AUGAAGACCGCCAUCUAUGCCCUUGCUGCCGCUGGCAUUGUCAGUGCCCAGGAGACCUCGCAGCCCGCUCUCGUCACCUCGCAGCCUGCUGUCGUCACCUCCCAACCUGCUGUUGUCACCUCAAUUCCUGCUCAGCCUAUCCUGAUCACCUCUUGGGACGGCAUCUCUCUGUCCUGGCCUGGCCAGAACACCCUGCAGACCAGUGUCGUCCCCCUCCCAUCCGUUUCCAACGGUGUUUCCCAGUCUGCCUCUGGCUCAGCCUCCGGUUCAGCCUCUGCAUCUGGCUCCGCUCCCGCCAGUGGCUCAGUUUCUGGCUCUGCCUCCGCCUCUGGAACCGCCCCCAUCGGCUCCUCGACUGGCUCUGCUGCCUCUUCUGCCAGCGGCUCUGACUCCGUCACCAGCGGCGUCACCAGCGCCAGUGCUACUGGCUCUGCUUCCGGCUCCGAGUCCGCCACCGCCACCGAAAGCGAAUCCGCCUCCGGUUCCUCCUCCGGUUCUUCUACUGGCUCUUCCACCGCCAGUGCCUCAGCUUCCACUACCAGCGAUGUUGGCGGCGGUGUUGCCAAGCCUAUGAUCGGCGCUGGUGUUGCCCUGCUUGCCGCUGCUCUUGCUCUGUAA